UGGCAUUGUAUGCGAUGUAUGGGAAGGAUGGUGUGGUUGAGCAAGAGGCAAUGCCUAGAGCAGAGUUCAACAGAGGUGGGAAACUUUUAGCAUCUUGGAAUCCAGAAACUUCAAAGGCUGAUAUUGUGGUGUCAAGAGAUGGCUCCGACACUCACAAAAUAAUCAAUGAGACAGUGGUUGUUGUUGCUAGGAUGGGUAACAGUCGUCGCCAGAGAGUUAUAAUUCAUGUGAAAGCAGGGGUGUAUAAUGAGAAAGUGGACAUAGACAAGAACCUAAAGAACAUAAUGUUUGUUGGUGAUGGCAUGGAUAGGACAAUAGUGACUGGUAACCGAAAUAUACCAGACGGUUCCACCACUUACGGCUCUGCAACAUUUGGUGUUUCAGGAGAUGGGUUUUGGGCAAGGGACAUAACUUUUGAGAACACAGCCGGUCAAUAUAAGCACCAAGCAGUAGUAUUUAGGGUAAGCUCAGGCCACUCUGUGUUCUACCGUUGCAGCUUCAAGGGUUACCAAGACACACUCUUUGUCCACUCCCUAAGACAGUUUUACCGAGAUUGCCACAUAUAUGGCACAAUCGAUUUCAUAUUCGGUGAUGCCUCGGCAGUGUUACAGAACUAUGACAUAUUGGUAAAGAAACCAAUAGAUCACCAAUCCAACAUGUUAACAGCACAAGGGAAAGAAGAUCCGAACGAAAACACAGGGAUUUCAAUAGUGGAAUCCCGAGUAAGGUCGGCAUCUGAUUUGGAACCUGUCAAGCAUUUGUUCAAGAGCUACUUGGGCAGGCCAUGGAAAAAGUAUUCCAGGACUGUGUUUAUGAAAACGGACCUCGAUAGUUUAAUCCACCCCGAGGGGUGGGACGAAUGGAGUGGCACCUUUGCACUUUCCACACUCUAUUAUGGUGAGUAUAUGAAUACGGGGAGUGGUGCUUCCACUGGAAACAGAAUCAAGUGGCCUGGUUUUCACGUCUUCAACAGUUCCAGGAGGCUACUCCUUUCACUGCCUCCAGGUUCAUAUAGGGAGAGUAUUGGAUUCUUGAGACUGGUGUGCCUUUCAGUGCUAACAUCUAAUGGGGGAUUUUGUAAUGAUUUCAUGCUUUUAUAAUGUGAUAAAUUA